UCAGGAACGAUGAUACCACGAAUUUUGGUCGCGUUCCUACUCCUUGAUUUGACGAUGGCAUUUACAUUGACGUUACCGGAAAUAACGUCAUACGCGAAAGUAUCGAAGAAUGGUCAAGAAACGAAGAAUACCGGAAGCGGACCAUUUUCAUGGAUCACAAGGGCACUAACACGAGCCAAUGUCUCCAGCAACGCCGAAAACGAGGGUAGGAGUGUUAAGGACAUCGUUAUCACUGUGUCACCGAUUUACGUGCCAUCCAAAACUCCAAAAUUGAAAAACGGAGAAGUUAUCGAUCAUCCUUCGACAAAACGGUAUUCGACCAUAGACGAGGAUUUAUUGGCGAAAUUAGACUCGGCGAAAUCAAAAAUCAAGAUACAAGAAAGAUUUAAUCCGCCAGCUAGUUUCGAGCACAAAGCCAAACUACAACAAGUUUCAUCGAAUCCUCCGAUGUCUUCGUCGGUUGAUUCGAGUCCCGAUAAUCCGCCGAGUUCGAGUAUUUCAGGAUAUUCGAGGCCUGUAUACGUCGGGCCUUAUAAUUACAAAACGAGCGAUUACGACAAACCCAAAGAUUAUAUUAUCGAUAAUCCGAUCUCGAAACCAAUUGGAAUGGAUAAUUAUCCAUCUAUUAUGAACAACGAUAAACCGAUGAAUACGUACAAGGAUCAAAUGGAUUCUUUUCCAAAUCAUCAGAAUGACGAAAUGGAUUUUUCAAGUUUUCCUUCUGGAAAGUUUCCUUACGACGAUCAUUCGCCAUCAAAACCGAUCGAAUUUGAUAGACCAAUCUUCGACGACGAUCAUUCACCAUCAAAACCGAUCGAAUUUGAUAGACCAACCUUCGACGACGAUCAUUCACCAUCAAAACCGAUCGAAUUUGAUAGACCAACCUUCGACGAUGAUAACGACGACGACAGUUAUCCUCAUGAUCACGAUCAUUAUCAUCAUCACGAAGUGAUCUAUGAUCAUUUACCGGAAUAUAUUCAUCAUCAUCAUCAUCAUGAUCAUUCCACUACUCCUGAACCUGAGAUGAACGAUCAACGACUCGAUAAAAGACCCUAUUCGUAUUAUUUCAUUGGGAAAAAGCUUUGGUACAUUCCGCUCUAUUUCAGCAUUUAUUUUGUCGUUUACAUAGCGGCAUUAGUAUUGAAGAGUAUUGCCAGGCAUAAGAUCACUUUUCCCACUCAUCUAGCUGAGGCUAUUGGACACGGUAGAAUGAACGGCAAUGACAUUGGCUGGUGGGAUCUCACGAAUCGUGUUUUAACUGGAAUCGAACAUUUUGCAGAAAGAUUUGGAAAAGGAUCGUAAUUUUUAAUUUUCAUGGUAUUAUAUCAUCUUUGAAACUUUUUCAAGUACCAACUGACAGUUAAAACGAAUAAAGAAUUUUCAAUCAUUCGACCGUUUCGUCGUCGGGGAACGAAUCGCGACUCUUUUUUGAGUAUCCAAGUGUAAUAUAUAUAUAUUGUUAUGUAAAUAAAUGUAAUUUAAGCUAAAACCUGCUACUGGUCCCAAAAAAACUCUUUAUAUUAUACAAAUUGAAGAUAAAAUGUUACGAGUUCUUUUAAAAAUCCUCGAAUGUCGAAACUCUCUUCCGAUGAAUCGAAUUCUUCUAAAUCGUUAAAAUUCUUAUGGUGAAUUCGAUCGAUAGUCACGAAGGACCACGCACGUACAUAACCCUUUGAAUUUGAGAGUAACGUAAAAUGAGCAUAUUUGGCGACAACCGCUUCUUAUUGUCCUCUUUGAACAGUGUCAGUUUUUUUAGCGGCGCGACAAAACAGAAUUAGUCGGUAUUGGCAGAAUCGGAAGGAUUACUUUUAAAACGACACGAGAAUUCUGAUCGUGUCGCAUUCCGGCCGACCAAUUAUACUCUCUGUAACUCCGUAUCCAUAUCCCGAAGAUGUACGUACAUACGUACUUUCGAUCAGAGAUACGAAUGUGUUCUAUAAUCUUUUACGAUUAAAAAUCUAUCAUUCAUUUUCAAUGAUUUUUC